UCUCAUCAGCUCAUUCUAUCUGUUUAGUACACACACUAUCUCGGCCACAAACAAAGAAGACAAUGGCUUUAGCUUCGGUUAAGCUUUCUAUUGCCCUGACAUGCGCAUUGCUCUUGUCGUCAGCGUGUCAUGGCCUGGAGGUGGGCUACUACAAGAAUUCGUGCCCCGGCGUGGAGGCCAUCGUGAGGAACGAGGUGAAGAAGUUCGUCUACAAGGACGCCGGCAUCGGCGCCGGGCUGAUCCGCAUGUUCUUCCACGACUGCUUUGUUGAGGGAUGUGAUGCCUCCGUCCUCCUGGACCCAACACCGGCCAACCCGCAGCCGGAGAAGCUUAGCCCUCCCAACUUCCCCAGCCUCCGUGGGUUUGAGGCCAUCGAUGCAGCCAAGGACGCCGUGGAAAAGGCCUGCCCGGGCGUGGUAUCCUGCGCUGACAUCGUUGCCUUCGCCGGCCGUGAUGCAGCUUACUUCCUUAGCAAGAUGACGGUGAAGAUCAACAUGCCGGCAGGCCGUCUGGAUGGGCGCAUUUCCAACUUCAAUGAGGCCCUCUCUAACCUGCCGCCUCCAUUCUUUAACAUCACUCAGCUCAUCGCCAGCUUCGCCGCCAAAGGGCUCAACACAGAGGACAUGGUGGUUCUUUCUGGCGCCCACACCAUUGGGGUCUCACAUUGCUCAUCCUUCGUCUCUGACCGUCUUGCCAUCCCCUCCGACAUCAACGCCGCCCUCGCCGGCAUCCUGAGGAGGCAAUGCCCCGCCAACCCGACCGCAGCCAACGACCCCACGGUGCACCAGGACGUGGUAACCCCUAACGCGCUUGACAACCAGUACUACAAGAACGUCCUCGCACACAAGGUCUUGUUCACGUCCGAUGCCGCCCUUCUUACCACACCGGCGACCACCCAGAUGGUGCUUGACAAUGCCAACAUCCGUGGACUGUGGGAAGACAAGUUCAACAAGGCGAUGGUUAAGAUGGGUGCCAUCGGAGUCAAGACUGGAAACCAAGGUGAAAUCAGGAGGAACUGCAGGGUGGUCAACCACUGAUAUAUAUGGCUACUCACUGGAUCCGUUCAUGGGGCACCGUGUUUGCAAUCUCAGCACCUAUCCGUUGCACUAGGGUCGUGAGGCCGCUGACUUUAUUUUGAGUUAUCUCAGAUUUCCGGCGAGUACCAGGCUGUUUCAUUUGUUCAUUACUUUGGCUCGUGCGACUGUUGCUGCCUGUUCAGUUCUUGGAGAAUGCAUAUUGUUUAUUACCACACAGAGUAUGUUGGAUGGUUUCAGUUCUUAA